AUGGCCGAAGCCGAAGACCCCGCCGAGGACGACCGAUCUAUUGAGUUAUCUUCCAUCGUCGCAAUCUUCCCGGAGACUUCGAUUGACCCCGCCGACCACUUCAAGGCCGUGCUCGACUUGCCCGUCGCAUUGCCGUCGCCCACCCGCGUCUGUUUCCAGCAACCUCCGGAUAACGGUCUCCCCACGGUCUUGACACCACCCACCUCGGUCGAUGUUCCCAAGGCCGAUUUGGAUCAGAUACCCGCUAGGGAUACACAUAUAUUGUCCCAUCUCCCACCCCUCAGCCUGGAGAUCGAGUUGCCAGAUGGAUACCCCUCCGAAAAGCCCCCACUUGUGAAGCUCACCACCCAUCCCCCGUGGUUAUCGCCCGCAACUUUGGAUAGACUGGCCAAUGAUUGCCAACGAUUAUGGAUAGAGUGCGGCCAGGACAUGGUUGUGUACAGUUACAUUGAUCAUCUUCAUCAGCUUGCCGAAACGGCUUUUGGGAUUCAAGAUGCCACAGACGGCGAACUGACUCUGUCGCGCGACUUGAAGGUGGCUCUAUUGGAUUUUAAUAGUAAGGCGGAACGGGAGAAGUUUCAACAAGAGACAUUUGAAUGUGGCGUUUGUUUGGAACCGAAGAAAGGCGCCAACUGUCAUCGGCUCCUACGCUGUUCACAUGUCUUCUGUAUCUCCUGUCUACAGGAUUUCUACAAUGCGUGUAUAUUGGAAGGUGAUGUUGACAAUGUCAAGUGCAUGGCACCGGAUUGCGAUAAAAAUAAGAACCCAAGUCCUGCCCCAGGCAGUGAGACUCAAACCCCGCGACGCAAGAAAAAUGACCGCACGCUUGGACCCAACGAGCUCCUUCAGAUUCCCAUUGCAGCAGAGACUGUGCAGCGAUAUGUUUUACUGAAACGCAAGAAGAAGAUCGAAGCAGAUAAGACGACAGUUUAUUGUCCACGGCAAUGGUGCCAAGGCGCAGCACGCUCAAAGCGGCACCCCAAACCGACUGAUCCAAUGUCAGACGAUAUUGAAUCAUCCGACGACGAGGAUCAAUUUUCAUUUGAUCCAUUGGGUGAAGAGUCUCAACUACCCCCUGUGGCGGAGCGUGUUGCCAUAUGUGAAGACUGCAAUUAUGCAUUCUGCUCUGUAUGCAAAAAGGGCUGGCACGGCGAACUAGUCCGGUGCUUCCCUCGACGUCAAGCUGAGCAGACCGAGGAAGAAAAGGCAACGGAGGAAUACUUAAAGUUGUAUACUUCUCCAUGCCCGACUUGCAAUGUUCCUUGUCAAAAGCUUAUGGGCUGCAACCAUAUGCGCUGCCGCCAAUGCGAUACCCACUUCUGCUAUCUUUGCUCUAGUUGGCUCUCAGCUGAUAAUCCCUAUCAGCAUUUCAAUAAUGACAGCAGCCGUUGCUACAAUCGUCUCUGGGAUCUUGAGGGAGGUGAUGGCCUCAACCCGGUGGGUGCCGAGGCCUUGCACCGCAUCCCGGAAGCCUUACUUGUCUUCGAUGACGAUGAUCAAAACGAUGAUAACAACAGCGUGAAUGAUGGUGAUGAGGAUGAUUUAGAUGACGACGAUGAUAUUCCCGCCUGGGAAUUUGAUUUCAGUGAUGACGAGGAGGAAAUCCGGCAUCACCCUCCGCCCCCAGCACCGGUUCCACCACGUGCCGGUGCGCGAGGCGCCGGCGCUAAUGAUCAGGGACGGGCAGCUCGGGCCGCAGCUCUCGAGCGACAAGCUCAAGCCCGUGCUAUGGCUGAAGUUCGUAACCGUCAAGCUGCUGAACGACCCCAAGUACGUGCCCGCCAUCUGCCUGAUCCUGAACCACCCGCGGAGUGGCGAGCUGGACUUCAGCGUUUCCUCGCCCUUGUACAAAAUGAUCGCGAAGACGAGUGGGACAGCGAUGAACUAGAUGAUGACGAUUUUUGA